UAUUUUUGGGUCUGUUGAACAGACUAAAGCGGCUGCAUAUGAAGAGAGUUUUAAAAAAGGGUUUCUCAUGGGGGGAAUGUAUUUAAAGGUGCAGUCAAUUUUUUUAAAACAACCGUGACUUAUACGAAAAUGGGAAGCGAAAGUUUUUAGUGUCUAGACCCGAAGCUGUGUACGGCAACAUCACGAAAAUCUAUUUUCGUGCCGGUGGAGAGAAAGAGUGUCGGAACGGGGUCGACGCCUCACACAAUAUAGGAACUGCGUGGACACGAGUCGGCGUCAUCACCCUUUCGUCUCGCAACAAAUGUGAAGGUCUUCAUUUCAACUUCCCUCGCCGAACAUUUUCAAAAGAAAAACAAAAGAAAACGAGCGAGACAAAAUAAUUCAAAAAAUGGUUCAACAUUUCCCGUGCGCCAAGUGUCAAUUGCCUUCCACCAACUGUUGUUCAAAGUGCCGCAGAGUGUACUACUGCUCCCGCGAACACCAGAAAGCCGACUGGACAAAUCACAAGACAUUGUGCGGACCUCCUUUUAAGAUCCAAGAAUCAGAAGCUGAAGGCCGUUAUCUGGUGGCUAGUCGUCUCAUUAAAGCUGGCGAAGUGAUCCUGCAGGAGUUACCAUUAGUGGUCGGACCCAAAUUGAAAACAUUGCCGCUAUGUCUUGGCUGUUAUAAGCCCAUCACUGACACUUAUCGAUGCUCGCGUUGUAAUUGGCCAAUGUGUUCGGCCGCUUGCGAAGAAUCUGCCUUGCACAAAAAUGGAGAAUGCCAAAUGAUUGAUCCGACUUUGAUGACCAACCAUCUCAGUCAGGGCGCCAUCAACAGCCAAGUGUAUCAAUGCAUAACUCCUUUACGCUACUUGACUUUGCCGGAUUCGGAUAGGGAGCGUUUAGACGGGCUCGUUUCAAAUCUGGAACAACGUCGGGGUACGGACAUCUACCGACUAGUUGAACAAAACAUUUCCAGUUUCCUGCGCUAUCGACUGUUGCUGACCCAAUACGAUUCCGAAAGUAUCCAGCGAGUUUGCGGAAUUUUGGAGACCAACUGCUUCGAGAUCCGCGUUCAGGGACGCGUUAGUGUCCGAGGAUUGUAUCCUACGGCGUCGCUAAUGAACCACGAUUGCGUAGCAAAUACUCGGCAUGUUUUCGAUCCGGCUGAUUUUCGGAUAAGAAUUUUGGCAACUAAAACUAUUCCGGUUGGACACAAAAUCAGCGCCACCUACACGCAAAGCCUUUGGAACACCCUGGAUCGUCGCUUGCAUUUGAAAUCCACCAAACAUUUUUGGUGCCAAUGCAGCCGCUGUGCGGACCCAAGAGAACUGGGGACAUUAUUGAGCGCUGUCAAGUGUACAGGUUGCGGAGGUGCGGUCUUAAGUCAAAAUUCGCUCGAUCAAAUGUCAAAUUGGGAGUGCAGCGAUUGCAGAUCAGUGCAGAAAGUCGAACAAGUUAAAAGGGUCCAUGAUUCCGCACGGAUGGAAUUGAAACAAAUUGCUCAACUGGCACGGAAUCGUCCGGAAUUACUAGAAGAUUUUAUCCGGAAAUAUUCCGGAGCUAUCCAUCCGGAUAGCUGUCACGUGAUAGAGGCCAAAUACGCCCUCGUUCAGCUUUACGGAAAUACUCCGCAACUUCUUUACCAUGAUUUGAGUGAAGAACUGAUUGAGAGGAAGCUGAAUUACUGCCGGCAGCUAUUGAAACUUGCGGAUGUCAUUGAACCUGGUUUGAGUCAAUUGAGAGGCCAUUUGCUGUUUGAACUACAGUCUGUCACGGAACCCAAAGCUAACCGUGCUUUUAAACGUGGCUCUGCUGAAUUCAAGGAAUUGAUCAAGGACGCAAUUAGUCAUUUAAUGGCAUCUUCCGAAAUACUGCGCUACGAGAUCCAUUGGGUAGACGUCCUGGAGAAACGUCGUUUAAUUCUCGAAAAUAUUUUAAAAGAAAUUUGACUUUUGAGUGCUAGAACUUAACAAAUUUACUGUGAUUUUUCAAUACAGAAAAUCCCAAUAGAAUUGUUGAAUCUGUUUACACACUCUGAUAAGGACAGCCUGUUUGUACUUGGAAUUCAGCAUAUAAGAAAUUUCUGAUAUUUCUAUAGACCGUGU